CCCCGGCCCGCCAGCUGUCUGAAUCGCUAAAUAAUUUAUUCCAAGACGAUGUAGAGGGAGAGUGAUCUCGCGAUACUUCUGCCUUGGAGACAAGAACGCUUACACUGGAAACAGAAAGCAACAAGAUAAAGUUCCUCAUGGAAGAAACCGAAUCAGUGUGGAAUAUUAUCGUGGAGCAUGUCCCAGAGUCAGAGCUCUCAGAGAUCCGCGUCCUUCUUGGAGAUGCUCUGAUUGACAUAUACACAGAGAUGUAUUCAGAGGUCACUAUGUGGCAGCAGAUUUGGCAGACCUUGCGCCUCAAACAGGGUAACAGGCCAAAGGCCCCUCGCUGCCCCCUGGCGGACCCCCCUGCUAUCAAGGAGCUGCUGAAAGCUGAGAUCCAACUGCUGCUGGCCACUGUGAGAGAGAGAGCAGCCCAGGAGGGCAGGGAUGCAGACGCAGACAUGUUCCGGUACAGUCCUAGUGUGGUGAAUUAUGCCUUGGGUGUCCCGAGCAACCGAUGCGACACUGUGAAUAGUAGGCCUACCUCUACUGGAAUACAGUUCAGCCAGAGUCAACAUGUAGGAAGGUCCUGUUCACAGAGCUCAGUCACUUCUACUACCAACCAAGAUGACAUUGAUGCCAUGAGACACAUGCUGAACAUCACCCACAUAGACGACAUUGUGGCCCACCUCAAAUCAGUCCUGUCAGAAGAAUGCAAUGUGCUGAAAAGCCAAGUUCAGUUUCUGCAGGAGAGUGUGGAACAGGAGCACCAGACACAGCGUGAUGUCACUGAGGCUCCAGAGCCCACUGUAACAGAGCUUAAGGAGGAGAGGAGAGCCAUUCAGAUGGAUAUGAAAAGGCAGAGCCUCAGCCUCACCCACUGUCCCUCCUCCCCUGUGGAAACAAGCCUGCAGAUCAGAUCCAGGUCGACAGGAUGGACAGGUUUUCCUGCAGAUGAGACACAGAGACACUUGAUCCCUGUGGUGGCCACCAGACCCCAUCCUCCUCAUACCAAGCCACCUCUAGUAACAUCUCUAGUAAGGAGUACUCCUCCAUUAGACAGGAUGAGAGGCCAGCCACGUAGCUCACCCAACACCAGAGAACCCAGCCCUCUCCAACCGUCUACAUUUGAACAGCUAAGGACUUACAGCCAGAGCUCGGAGGCUUCCCACGCCUGCAACAGAGGACCCACCACCACCCAAGACAAGGACAGCUACCUACCACCCCUGGUCCUCUCUGCCAGUACAGUAACCAGCCUUGAACCCUACCUUAAUCCUCCCUCAGAAGAGAGAGUAAAGAGCAGAACUUGCAGGCGUAGUGGUCAGACUGUGACUGAGGGAGCUCAAAGACAUGAUGACUCAUGGUCAGACUCAGUGAACAGCUGGCACUCUUUAUCCUCUGGUGGACACUGUCCUCUAGGCUCCUCCACACAGCCUCCUGGGAGCAAAGGGAGCUGUGAGCAGAUGAGCCCCGUAAGGAUGUUCCACCCUGCUCCCCCCGCCAUGCAGAGGCCAGCCAGUAGAGGGCAGAGUGUGGCCAGGCACAUGUGUUUGCCACAGCGGGACAGCCUGGUCAGCUCCUUGUGAACUGAACUCUUUACUACAGAAGAAGAUACACAGGCAGCCCAAUUCAGAUUGUUUUUUUAACCAAUCAGAUCUGAAAAAGAUCUGAUGUGAUUGGUCAAAAGACCGAUUUAGUGGGAAACGUAUCAUUAUUGUGCUGCUUGUAUAAAGGCAACCUCUGAUACUGUAAUAUAUGUUCUAGCUGCAGUCUGUAAUAUAUGUUCUAGCUGCAGUCUGGUCAAUGUAUGUCACUCCUAAAAUGAGAGAUCCUCACAAACAUGUAUCUUCUCACAGGUCAAUAGUACUCAUACUUGUAAAAGGGAUCUUGUCAUCUCUCUUUAAUAUAAAGAAUGAGUGCUGGCAUUGGCUAGUCUUCCACAAUGAGACAAGAGGCACAGGGAUGUUAUAUGGUGAUUUAAGAGACUGGUAGAAGACCUGAAAGAUAACAAGACAAUAUGGUUGAAUGCUUUUGAAAUGAUUAAACAUUUGAUCUACAUAUUCAACCAUUUAAUGAAUGCAUUUUGUAUAAAUAUGAAUGUAUUUGGAUAAAUGUUCAUGUCUCUAAUACAUGUUUUAUUACGGUU